AUGUCAGUACAGACAGUGAUGUCAGUUCGAAGUGGUUUUGAAGUAGAAAAGACGUACCAGAAGUGGCAGCAGAGGAGUUAUCCGUCUACAAGGAGACCUGUAUAGAUCACAUGAUGGCACCAAUGAGGAUGGAGGAGGACCGGAGUCACAUGACUGAGAAGAUACUAAAACCUCACCCUGGAGAUCAUCUACCUGCUGACCGGAGAGAGAUUUCCUCUUCUGAAGUCAGGUGAUCAUAUGACCAUCACAGUGCCUCCAUGUGACUCCCUAAACCCUGAGAGACACAACAUGCAGAAGAUUCUAGAAGUCACCAAGAAGAUGAUGGAGCUGCUGACAGGAGAGGAGUGGGAGUAUUUAGAAGGACACAAGGAUCUCUACAAGGACGUCAUGAUGGACAAUCAGCCGCCCCUCACAUCACCGGAUGGAUCCAGUCAUGGGAACCCACCAGAGAGAUGUCCCCGUCCUCUGUAUUCCCGGGAUUCCACACAGGAAGGUCACACCAUCCCUCACCAUCAUCAGAGUGGAGAUCCAAUCGAUAUAGAAUUUGAGGUGAAAGCAGAAGAAGAAGAGGCGUAUGUGAGGGAUGAUCAGCAGUCUAUGGAGGAGGAUGGAAUAACGGGGACAUUUAUAGAGGAGGACACUCCUACAGAGAUCAGCACAGUCCAUGGCUGGGAGAUGAGGAAAACCUCCGAGGAUUGUCUCACUUUGUCUCCAGACUGGAAAGUAGAAGAUGAGGACAUCACACAGUAUAGUCCAGGAGAAAACCCGGCUCCCUCCAAUGUCCAUCCGGCACCACCCAGUGUAGAUGGACCAUCGGAUUCCUCGUAUCCUGAGGAACCUCAGACUGUGCGGGACCGGGCCAGCCUUCCAACAGGGAAGAGGUUCUCCUGUACAGAGUGCAGGAAAUGUUUCCGUUUUGAAUCCCGUCUUAAUGUGCAUAAAAGAUCUCACAUGGGAGAAAGCCGUAUUCCUGUCCUGAGUGCGGGAAAUGUUUUUCAGACAAGUACUGUCUUUACGCACAUCAGAAAUCUCACACAGGGGAGAAGACAUAUUCCUGCCCUGAGUGUGGGAAAUGUUUUUCACAAAAGGCCCAUCUUUACACACAUCAGAGAUGUCACACAGGAGAGAAGCCGUAUUCCUGCUCUGAGUGUGGGAAAUGUUUUUCAGAGAAGUCCAAUCUUUUUGCACACAUCAGAGAUCUCACACAGGGGAGAAGCCGUAUUCCUGUUCUGAGUGUGGGAAAUGUUUUUCACAGAAAUCAAAUCUUUACAGACAUCAGAGAUCUCACAUGAGGGAGAAGCUUUAUUCCUGUCCUGAGUGUGGAAAAUAUUUUUCACACAAGUCCAGUCUUUACACACAUCAGAGAAUUCAUUCAGGGGGAGAAGCCAUAUUCCUGUCUUGAGUGUGGGAAAUGUUUUUCACACAGGUCCAAUCUUUACAGACAUCAGAGAUCUCACAUGGGGGAGAAGCCGUAUUCCUGUCCUGAGUGUGGGAAAUGUUUUUCACAGAAGUCCCAUCUUUACAAACAUCAGAGAUCUCACACGGGGUAGAAGCAACUUUCCUGUCCUGAGUGA